UGCAUUUCGCAAGUUCUAAAGGUUAAAGAGAAGGUGAGAGGGCGUUAGGGUUUUAGAGGGAGAUUUGAGAUUUGAGGUUUCAGAUUUGUCAAUUGCAGGGAGUAGCCAUGAGUAGGAGCUUGGGAAUUCCAGUGAAGCUACUCCAUGAGGCCGCGGGCCACGUUGUAUCGGUGGAGCUUAAAAGCGGUGAGCUUUACAGAGGAAGUAUGAUCGAGUGCGAGGAUAACUGGAACUGCCAGCUCGAAAACAUCACCUACACUGCUAAGGAUGGUAAGGUUUCACAACUUGAGCAUGUUUUCAUCCGAGGCAGCAAAGUCAGGUUUAUGGUCAUACCAGACAUGCUGAAGAAUGCUCCAAUGUUCAAGCGUCUUGAUGCUAGAAUUAAAGGUAAAGGCGCCUCACUUGGUGUUGGCAGGGGCCGGGCUGUUGCUAUGCGAGCUAAAGCUCAAGCGGCUGGCCGUGGAAGUGCACCUGGUCGGGGUGCUCCACCAUCUGGCAGAAGGUGAUGAAAACCAUGAAUAUAGUUUGUUAUAUCCUUAGUUCAAACCCUAGAAAGUCAUUGGAACAUCGACCAUCAAGUUUUUACUAGUUCCGGGUAUUGACAUCAUCAACAUUGAAGAGGGCUAUAUGCAAUUGUUCAUUUUGUUGAAAAUGGGCGAUUGACCAUAAUAUCACCAACUUGAUAAUCAACUAUUUACUUCAGCCCAAUUUUUUUUUUUUUUGUUGAGAUCAAACUUUCCUUUACCCUUCUUGUUCAUCUUUGCCAUGUAUGUAUUGGACGUUCUUUGCAUCUUAUCACCAUAGGAGUAAUGUCUUUGUGCCAUUUAUUCUACUUCUACCGUUGGCUGUAUGUUAUGGGUUGAGCUAUGAUUAUGAGACUGCCUACACUGAAGUUGUUUUUAA